AUGUUGUCUAAUCCACUUCAUCGGUUUUCACCGUACCACACCAUACCGUCCACCACCCUCCUCUCGAACGGUCAUGUUCCCAACCCUCACCUCCAUUCGACUGGUCUCGAAGGGAUCCCGCAGGGUCCUCACUAUGCUCUUCAGCAACUCCAGCAGCAUGUUGGCGUAAACCCUCACAUGGCGAGACCAGGCCCUCAACCAAAGCAUAGGCAACAUCCCUAUGGACCUACCGCGAGGGCUACUGGGGCCGCUGGUCCCAUCAGGAGGAGGAUUAGCCGAGCUUGCGACCAAUGCAACCAGCUAAGGACAAAGUGCGAUGGCCAACACCCAUGUGCUCACUGUAUCGAGUUUGGUCUCGGCUGCGAAUACAUUCGGGAACGCAAGAAGCGAGGUAAAGCUUCGCGCAAGGACCUUGCUCAGCAAGCAGCAGCACAGGCCGCCGCCGCCGCCCAAAAUGGCCAAAAAGGUCAGGGUGGUGACAACAGCCCGGCCAACGAACAGCGGCCAAACAGCCCGCCUAACGUUAAGAACAUGCAGCAGGUUUCCAAUGACGGGCAGGUUAACCCUGAGCAGAAAGUUAUGAACGAUCUCGCCGACGACACUAUGCAGCGCAACCAGAGGACGAGUAGUCUCGACACCAUUGGUGAUAUGCAUGGCCAACCGCAUAUGACGGGCCAUCCUGGAAUGGAGCGAGACCACCUCGAGAAUCCCGCCGGGCUCGACUUGAACGGCUACGGCAAUGUGCACACUGGCUAUGAGAGACAGGGAAUGGGCCACAUGAUGAGCGGCCCUAGCCACACGCCAUAUGGACCCAGCCAAGGGAACAUGUCGAGCUACCCUGACCUUCCGUACGGCAUUCAGACGCAAAGCCCCACGAACUUCUCGAGCAAUGCGGCUUUCCGCAUGGGCGGCAAUCCUCUUGGCGGCUACCCGAUGGGAGGCGAGGCUACUUCUCCUGGAUGGAAUCUUGCCAUGUCCUCUCCUCCAGCGCAGUUCCAGACCCACAUGCAUCAGCAGCCUAGCUUCACUCAACAGUCUCACCUUCGGUACCCCGUCCUGGAGCCCCUCAUGCCCCAUCUCGGAAACAUUAUCCCAGCAUCCCUUGCUUGCGACUUGAUCGAUCUCUACUUCUCCUCGUCAUCCUCGGCUCAAAUCCACCCAAUGUCUCCUUACGUUCUCGGCUAUGUGUUCCGCAAGCGCUCGUUCCUCCACCCCAGCAAGCCUAGACAGUGCCAGCCCGCUCUUCUCGCUAGCAUGCUUUGGGUUGCUGCUCAGACUAGCGAUGCCCAGUUCCUUACCAGUGUUCCAUCCGCCCGUGGCAAGAUCUGCCAGAAGCUCCUUGAACUCACCGUCAGCCUCCUCAAGCCUCUGAUUCACACUCCAUCGGGAGACGUCUCCCCAGUAUCUAGCCCUGUUAUCGACGGCGUUGCGCUGGGUGGCCUUGGCGUUGCCCUUCCAGGCUCCAUCAGCAUGGAUGCUCUCACCGGAGAAUCCGGGGCUUUCGGCGCGGCGGGGACCCUCGACGACGUCAUCACCUACAUUCACCUGGCUACCGUUGUCUCGGCAAGCGAGUACAAGGGUGCUAGUCUUAGGUGGUGGAAUGCAGCUUGGUCGCUUGCUCGUGAGCUCAAGCUUGGCCGUGAGCUUCCUCCUUCGCAGAAUCCUAUGAACCAGAAUGGAGAGAAUGUGAAUGAGAUCGACGCCGAUGGCGAAGCCGAUGAGGAUAUCAAUAUUCCAGGAGUUAUCUCGGAGGAGGAAAGGGAGGAGCGACGCCGUAUCUGGUGGCUCGUAUACAUCGUCGAUCGCCACCUUGCUCUUUGCUACAACAGGCCGCUAUUCCUCCUCGAUAUCGAGUGCGAGGGGCUCAUGCAACCCAUGGAUGAGACAUCUUGGCAGAAUGGUGAAUUCCGAGCGUACGCCAACAGCAAUACCGACCCGAAUGUGCUCAAUUCGGGAGCGGAAAAUGUGGUCCAGAUGUCCCGUAUUCGAGGACCUCAUUUCGAAUGCACCGGACACAGCAUCUUCGGCUACUUCCUCCCCUUAAUGACCAUCCUUGGUGAGAUCGUUGACCUCCAUCACGCGCGCAACCACCCCCGCUUUGGUGUCGGUUUCCGUUCCGCUCGAGAGUGGGAUGAUCAGGCGGCCGAGAUUGCCCGACAUCUCGAGGCAUAUGAACGGAGCCUAAAACGAUUCGAGCAACAAUAUCUCCGAACCGGCAAUAAUGGCGAGGAGAAGAUUGAGGUGGGAAACAAAGAGAACAACGGCGAGCACACUGGUAACGUGGCAGAAGUGGUGGGAUCCCCAUCGGGCCACUCAGUACACACCAACUCUUCCAACCGCAUGACUGAAGGUGAUAUUCAGACGCGGAUUGUCGUUGCGUACGGUACUCACGUCAUGCAUGUCCUCCACAUUCUCCUCACUGGAAAAUGGGACCCGAUCAACCUCCUCGACGAUAAUGAUUUGUGGAUCUCGUCUCAAGGAUUUAUCAAUGCCACUGGCCACGCGGUCUCGGCCGCAGAAGCCAUUAGCAACAUCCUCGAAUACGACCCUGGUUUGGAGUUCAUGCCUUUCUUCUUCGGUAUUUAUCUCCUCCAAGGUUCUUUCCUCCUCCUCCUUAUUGCCGACAAGCUGCAGCUUGAGGCUUCUCCCAGCGUCGUCAAGGCGUGCGAGACCAUCAUUCGAGCCCACGAAGCUUGCGUGGUAACACUCAAUACCGAGUACCAGCGCAACUUUAGCAGGGUCAUGCGCAGCGCUCUUGCCCAGGUACGUGGCCGCGUGCCAGAGGACCUUGGCGAACAACACCAGCGCCGGCGCGAACUCCUUUCUUUGUAUCGAUGGACUGGGGAUGGUACCGGUCUAGCCCUUUAA